CGCCUCUAGUGGUAAUCCCUGGGGUUUUAAAAGUGCGGCUAAGCGGUGACAGCCACGUACUGUUUGACCAUUAGCUACCGACUCUAGAAGCACGCAGCUGCAGGUCACAGUCCAGCCCACAGACCCCUCAAAACACAACCUUGAUCAAACGCCAAUCAAAUAAGGCAAGAUGAAUUUGGAUGAGUACUUCAAAAGAAUUGGUUUCCAUGGCUCCUAUGAUAAACUGGAUCUUGCAACACUGAAGCUGAUCCACAGACAGCAUAUCAUGUCCAUUCCAUUUGAGAAUCUCAGCAUCCACUGUGGAGAGAAAAUAAUCAUGGACCUUGAGGUUAUCUUCAAUAAGGUUGUGAGGGGUACCCGUGGAGGUUGGUGCUUUGAGAACAACUACCUGUUUAGCUGGGUGCUGAGACAAAUGGGCUAUGACACUACAACCUUGGGCUCCAGAGUUUUUAACACGAGUAUUAAUGAGUUUGAAUCCCAGGAAGUACAUCUCAUUAACAAGGUCAUCAUUGAUGGGAAUGCUUAUAUAGCAGAUGUAAGUUUUGGAUUAUCUGGCCAAAUACGAGAGCCCCUCGAGCUCAUCUCUGGAAAGGAACAGCCUCAGGAAGGAGGCGUCUUUCGCUUCAUAUGCAGGGACAAUUUGUGGAUGCUGGAGAAGACUGGCAGAAGGACGGCGGUUUCUAACCCAGAAUUUACUACAUCAAGUCUGGUAAACCGGAAGGAGACGCGACUGAUCCACUGCUUCACCUUGGAGCCUCGUGAGCCAGAUUAUUUUUUUCAAGUGAACAAUGACCUCCAGACAGACCCUACCUCACUGUUCACCAACAAGUCCAUCUGCUCUUUGCAGACGCCCACAGGAUUCAGAGCCUUGGUUGGCUUGAUCUACAGUGAGGUCACCUUCAAACCCAAGGAAGGUGUUGAUCUCUAUAACAUGAAAAACAUAACGGAAGAUGAGCUAGAGGCUGUGCUGAUGGAAAAGUUUGACGUGAAGCUGCAGAACAAAAUGCAGGCUGUAAACAGAAGAGUAUUCCUUGAGUUUUAGUAAAUUACCCCUCAUACAUUCUGCUUGGAAACAAUGGCAUGAAUGAAGCGUUCUGGUUAUUUGAAAGAUUAUCAGUGCUGUUGAAUGUGUUUUGUAUGAUUAUAAAUGAAACUGUUGCAUAGAAAUAAAAAAAAAAAAAAAGUAAAUAAAUAAAAAGUAAAGGCAUCA